GCCCGCAUGCCGCACCCGCGCUACAACCACCUGUCAAACUGACAAAAACAUCACUGAAAAGUGCGAGUGUGAUCCAUUCCGCUGGAUAUUUGUGACAUAAAGUUUUGUGCUGACAGUGUAAAUGUAAACCGUACUCGUAGGGACGUAACACUCGUAGAACAGUGGAUUGUGUGUGUGUCACGUGUGUUUACGAAUGAAUGUGACGGCGUAGGCGCAGCGGCGGGUCGCACUCUCCGUGAGAUAUUCGUGCGCGCGCAGGUCGUAGCGGCCAUGUUGCAUACCUGAGGCGAGCGAGCGCGCGACUCUGCGCGAACGGGACACAGCGAGCGCUCCCGGCGCUCGUCCACUUGCCCUGGAGAGGACGCAACCCUGCAAUGGUGCUGCCCACGUCAUGACGAGGAUGGGGCGAUGGCACGUGGCGCUGGUGGCGCUGGUGGUGGUGCUCAGCAGCGCAGGCGCCGCCGCCGAGCAGAUGCAGUCCCGUGCCGUCGACACCGGCGUCGACCUGCGAGUGCCCGAAGACCAGCCCGCCGGCACCGUCGUCGGCCGGAUACCCACCAAGCCUGGCUUCACCUACCGCUUCAACGAACCCCCUAAAGAGUUCGUCCUGGACCCUGUGACCGGGGAGAUCAGGACAAAUGUGGUUCUCGACCGAGAGAGCGUCGACCGCUAUGCAUUUGUAGUCCUAUCGAGUCAGCCAACAUACCCGAUAGAGGUGCGAUUGCGCGUAACCGACGUGAAUGAUAAUUAUCCUGAAUUCCCGGAGCCGAGCAUAGCAGUGGCAUUCUCUGAAAGUGCUGCUGCUGGGACGAAGUUGUUGUUAGAUGCUGCAACUGAUAAAGAUAUAGGGGAGAAUGGUAUCACGAACGAUUACCGAAUAAUUGAUGGUGAUAGUGAGGGAAAAUUUCGGUUAAACGUUACAGUGAAUCCUAGUGGCCAGACUUCCUAUUUGCAUCUAGAGACAACUGGUAAAUUGGAUAGAGAAACAACCGAUUUUUAUAUUCUGAACAUAUCGGCACGUGAUGGUGGUAAUCCACCAAAAUACGGGUAUCUUCAAGUGAACGUAAGCAUUUUAGAUGUAAAUGAUAAUCCUCCUAUUUUUGAUCAAAGUGACUUUUCCGUAUCUUUAAAUGAAAGUGUGCCGCCUGGAACUACAGUUUUAAAAGUAACAGCUACAGACAGUGAUUUAGGAGAUAAUAGUAAAAUUACAUAUGAAGUGACGGAUACAGAAAAACAGUUCGCAGUAGAUCCGGAAUCUGGAGUGAUUACAACAACUAAGAAAUUAAAUUGUCCAAAAUACUGCAGCAAUAUGACUUGUAACAUGACAUGUGUAUUGACUGUCAUCGCUAAAGAUCACGGGGUGCCUCGACAAGACGCAAGAACGUAUGUCACGGUAAACCUCAUUGAUGCAAAUGAUCAUGAUCCUGUUAUAACGUUUACGUAUGUCCCAUCUACUGCCAAUUUUGCAACAGUCGACGAAAAUGCCAAAAACGGAUCACUUGUAGCUGCAAUUACAGUAACCGACUUGGAUGCUGGGAUGAAUGGAAUUACUAGCGUUAGGAUAGUCUCCGGUAAUGAGCUGAAUCACUUUCGAUUAGAAAACUCAUCAAGUGUCUAUAUAGUGUAUGUAAAUGGAAUAUUAGACAGAGAAGAAAUAAGUAAGUACAAUUUAACCGUGGUAGCUACAGAUAAAGGUACACCUGCUCGCACGGCCACCUCAUUUUUAGUGAUCCAUGUCAAUGAUGUUAAUGAUCAUGAACCUGUUUUUGAGAAAUCAGAAUAUUCGGCUAUUUUGAGUGAACUAGCACCACCUGGAACUUAUGUAGCUAGUAUUACAGCUACAGAUGAAGAUACAGGUGUCAAUGCGGAAAUUUAUUAUGAUUUUUAUGAUGGUAAUCAACAGCAAUGGUUCUUUAUCGAUCAUCUAACCGGAUUAGUAACAACUAAGUCGAUUUUAGACCGUGAAAUACAAGGCUCUGUCGAAUUGAACGUUUCAGCAAGAGAUGGCGGUCCAAACCCUAAAUGGGCAUACACAAGGUUAAAAAUAACGAUCUUGGAUGAAAACGAUGAAGCACCUACUUUUCCACAGUCUACAAUAAAUGCCACUCUCCAUGAAAAUAUAAAGCCGAUAAAAGAAAUACUGAUAUUGACAGCAUCUGAUUAUGAUCAGGGUACAAAUGGAUCGGUUUCAUAUUAUCUGCCUCCAAGCAUUGAAAGGAAGUAUCCUAACACUUUCAUAUUGGACCCUAUCACAGGACAAUUAAGUACAGUGGUUGAAUUAGAUAGAGAAAAAAUACCAUUGUACGAGAUACAAGUUCUUGCCAAGGAUCAAGGUUUUCCACCACAAUCGUCCACUGCCACAAUAUAUCUCAAGGUAUUAGAUGUUAAUGACAAUGACCCAACUUUUUACCCACGAAGAUAUAUUGAAAGUAUCAGUGAAGAUCUAUCUAUAGGCUCUAAUGUUCUACAAGUUAAAGCAUUUGAUGAUGAUGAAGGUGAUAAUGCAAGAAUAAUGUAUAAACUUGAAAGUGGAGGAGAUGGUUACUUUGACGUAGAGCCAUGGACAGGAAAUGUUGUUUUGCAAAAAGAUUUCCGUAAAGCCUCAAAAACUAUGUAUUCGUUAAAAAUAUCUUGCAAGGACAAAGGUAACAGACGUGCGUCCGAAGAUGCAAUAGUAGAGAUAGUGAAGUUAUCACAACGAAAAGGUCUUGAAUUUGAUGGCUAUAAUGGAUAUACGUUUAAAAUACUUGAAGAUGAAGGAACAUCUAAUGCUAAAACUGGUCGAUUUGUAGGUAAAGUUAGCGCCAGAAUAUCAAGCGAUACAUUGUCUUAUUAUAUUCUGGAAGGCGAUCCUAAACAAGUUUUUAAAAUCGACGAAAAAAGUGGAAUUAUUACUACAGUUUCGAAUAUUGAUCGUGAGGAGAAAAUGACAUAUCAUUUAAAAAUCAUGGCUAAGAGUGGUGUGGCGUUCGGUUUUACUACGGUUAAUAUACUGGUGCUCGACGUAAAUGAUAAUUAUCCGAUAUUCAUUGAAGAUAAAGAUGAAAUUCAUAUACCUGAAAAUAUGGCUGUAGGACAAGAAGUAUAUUUUGCAAGAGCUAAUGACAGAGACUCCGGUUCAAACAGGACGAUAUUUUAUACAUUGACUUAUAAUCCUGAUAACAUUUUUAGGAUAUCCGAAACAACUGGAGUUAUCUACUUAAAUAAACCCAUCUCUAAUGAACCCGGUAGUGUUGUAUCUAUUGAAGUUACAGCAACAGAUAAUGGCAGCCCAGCUUUAGCUACAAAACAUAUCAUCACCGCAAUUAUAGACGAUGUAAAUGACCAUACCCCUGUGUUUGAUCACACUUCAUAUGAAACGUCUUUACUUGAAUCUACUCUUGUCAAUACGCGGUUUUUUGCCAUAUCCGCAUCAGAUGCUGACUUAGGCGAGAGUGGUACUAUAUCCUAUACAAUAGCUGAAGGAAAUACUGAUGGCAAAUUUGGCGUAUUCCCGGAUGGAUUUUUGUAUGUGAAGAGUCCACUGGAUAGAGAAGAAAGAGAUUACUAUUCUCUAACAAUAGUCGCAACAGAUCAUGGCAAACCUCCCAGAUCCUCUCAGGUGCCAGUUGUCAUUCACGUAUUGGAUGAAAAUGAUAAUAGCCCGCAGUUUACUAAUACUACAUUCAUAUUCAAAAUAAAAGAAAAUGAGCCACCAGACACUUUUGUCGGAAAAUUGACUGCAACUGAUAGAGAUAUAGGGCGCAAUGCCGAACUUACUUUUAGUUUACCGAUUGCACAGAAUGAUUUUAGAAUCGAUUCAAGAAAUGGAUUUAUAAAAACAUUGAAAUCAUUCGAUAGAGAAAGUUUGGCACAUAACUCUGGGCAAAAUUAUAUCACAUUAACUGUGACGGUCAGUGACAAUGGAAAGACAAAAUUGACGGAUUCUGUGAGAGUAACAAUUUAUAUAACAGAUGUAAAUGACAACGCCCCGAUAUUUGUCAGAACUCCAUACAAAGUAGAAGUUUCUGAAGGAACAGCUGUUGGCGCUUCUAUCUUAAGAGUACACUCGACCGAUGUUGAUGAGGGUCUAAAUGGGGACGUAUAUUAUAAACUAAUAGGAGGAGACGAUAUGGGCAAGUUUUCACUAGAUGAAGCUACAGGCCAACUUAUUAUCUCGAAACAGUUGGACCGAGAAACAUUAGACCACUAUAAGCUCACAGUAUUAGCAUUUGAUUCUGGAGAAUCUGUGCGCCUGUCUGCGACAACAACAAUAACUGUAGACGUCUUAGAUGAAAAUGAUAACGCACCGAUAUUUACUCAAACCCAACUAAACGUGUCUGUAUUAGAAACAGAACCUGUGAAUAAAAAGAUCAUUCAAUUUCACGCGACUGAUGCUGACUUAGGAAUUAAUAAAGAAUUACAAUAUUCUAUUACGUCUGGAAAUAGAAAAGAAGCUUUUUUCAUCGAUAGUUAUUCUGGUGAGCUAUUUUUACACAAGCAAUUGGAUUACGAAGAUCUGACAUCAUAUGUUCUGAAUAUUACCGCCACGGAUAAUGGCAGCCCGAGUCUCUCUUCUAGCAUAUCUUUUACUGUCAACGUUAUUGACGCUAACGACAAUGCACCCGUGUUCACGAAUACGGCUAUUGUACGACAAAUUAGAGAAGGUAUUCCAAAACAUACCCCCAUAGUAACUGUAACCGCGGAAGACCCAGAUUCGGGUUUGAAUGGCAAAGUUUAUUACUCCAUCACACACCAAGACCCCAGCAAUGGUAGGCGGCAUUUUGCCAUAAAUAAUGUUACAGGGGUCAUACAUACUUUAUUGCCUAUUGACAGGGAAAGCAUAGACACUUUUAGAAUAACUGUGGUCGCCUACGACAGAGCUGAGCCCACUUCAGCACGGCUAUCUGCAGAGAAAUUAGUAACUGUUAUUGUGGAGGAUAUAAAUGACAAUGCCCCAGCGUUUGUGUCAAUGAAUGCGGCAGUUAUAAACUUAGAAAGAAUGAGCAGAAGCAUUGGGCGCGGGAUAUUCAUUAUGAAUGUUCUAGCGCGUGAUAUGGAUUCAGGAACGAAUGGUCUGGUCACGUACAAGCUUAUUCACGGUGGGAACGACCUAUUCGAUUUGCAUAGAAGCAACGGCGCACUUACGUUGCGGUACCCUCCGGCCAUGCCCGAGGCGCGCUGGAACCUGGUCAUAAAAGCCACAGAUGAGGCGGUAUUGAGCGAACAAAGAAGCACGGAGACGUACCUUACCGUCAUUAUGGGUGGAUCUGAGUUGAAAGGUGUCACGUGGACGAACGUAGGAAGUGUGUCCGUGGCCGAGAACGAGCCGGCGGGCACGGCAGUGUUGAAUCUGACGAAUAACUUUAAGUCGGGGUUAGAGUAUUACAUAGUGAACGUUACUGGGGACGGGAGACAAGUUGAUAGGUUGUUCGACAUCGAUUCCUCCCUGGGCAUCCUGUCCACCGCUGUAUCGUUAGACCGUGAAGCUGGUGUGGAUCGAUACGAAGUGGAAAUCUGCGCCGUGUCUUCAGGAACACCGUUACAGACAACUACUACUAAGGUGGAAGUCAUAAUCCUGGAUAAGAACGACAGCCCUCCAGAGUUCAAGAACAUCCCACCAGCGUACCUGGCUUCUGAAGACCUUGCUCCGGGCCAGCUCAUCGCCACCAUCACAGCCGAAGACCCGGACACCAUAGGCUCGACCACCUAUAGCAUACAGACUGAUGAACCAGUACCCUUCACCUUACACCCUCACACUGGUGCUUUGACCCUCAAGGAUCCCCUGGAUAGAGAAACCACAGCAGAGUAUCAAAUAGUGAUAAGAGCUGAUGAUGGUGUCCAGUAUACUGAUAUCACGGUCGUUGUUCAGGUGACAGAUACGAACGAUAACCCGCCGGUGUUCAAGGAGAGUGCUUAUUCGUUUGACAUUCCUGAGAACGCGGCGCGGGGCUCCGUGGUGGGCACCGUGGCUGCGCUGGACCUGGACUCGGGGGCCAACGCUCAGCUCACAUACACUGUCAUCUCCGACUGGGCCAACGACGUGUUCUCACUCAACCCCCAGACUGGAGUGUUCACGCUGACAGCACGCCUGGACUAUGAAGAGACGCAGCACUACAUUCUAGUGGCGCAGGCACAGGAUGGCGGUCACCCGUCUCUCUCCGGCACUGUCACCGUCUACGUCAACGUCAUCGACCUUAAUGACAACGCGCCAAUCUUUGACCCGAUGAGCUUUUCCAAUGAAAUCCUAGAGGAUGUUCCUGUUGGGUCUUCUGUUGUGACCAUCAGUGCUACUGAUAUGGAUUCAGGUUUAAAUGGGAAAUUGCGCUAUAGCAUCACAUCGGGCGACGAUGCGCAAGACUUCGCGAUCGCUGACAACGGAACCAUUUCAACGGCGAAACCAUUAGACAGAGAGGUUCUACCAAUAUACAACCUGAUUGUUACCGCCAGGGAUUCGGCGAAACCUCCAGAACCUCAGUUGUCUUCUACAGUUCAGGUUACAAUUCAACUAAAAGAUGUCAACGAUAUGGCGCCGGAGUUCGUUACUCCCAACGUUACGACUGUCUCUGAAAACAUACCGCUAAAUACGGUGGUCAUGACUAUAAAAGCUGUGGACAAAGACGAAGGAAGGAAUGGAUAUGUUGAGUACUUCAUGACUCCCGAUCCAGACAUUAACGGAUAUUUCUCACUUGGCAACGUAGACGGCAUAUUACGAGCUACUGGGAAGCUUGACAGAGAACUUAAAUCAAGUUAUACGAUAACUGUCACUGCUAAAGAUAGAGGUGAUCCUCCAAAUGUAACAAGAACGAAAAUUAAGAUAAAUAUUUUGGAUGAAAAUGACAACAGUCCCGUUUUUGAUCCAAAACAAUACAGCGCGUCUGUACCUGAAAACGCUAGCAUCGGUGCUGGUGUGUUACAAGUUUCUGCCACAGACAUUGAUGAAGGUGCAAAUGGAAGAGUACGAUAUUCAAUCGUGACUGGAGAUGAAAAUAGAGAUUUUAGCAUUAGUGAAGAUACUGGUGUUGUGAGAGUUGCUAAAAAUCUAAACUUUGAGAGGAAAUCUCGGUAUAUACUCACUAUUAGAGCCGAGGAUUGUGCUAAAGAUGAUGUCAGAUUUGAUACGGCUGAACUAUCUAUUUCAAUUCAAGAUAUAAACGAUAAUCCACCCACGUUCCUAGACUCACCGUACUUAGCGUACGUAAUGGAAAAUGUAAUACCUCCUAACGGCGGUUACAUAAUAACCAUUCAUGCCUAUGAUGCUGAUUCACCGCCGUUUAACAAUCAAGUGCGCUAUUUUAUAAAGGAAGGCGAUGCAGAUCUUUUUAAAAUAAACGCCUCUUCUGGGCAAAUUUCCUUAUUAAGAACGUUGGACCGUGAAGCGCAAGAGGAAUAUACUCUGGCGCUUGUAGCUAUGGAUACUGGAUCUCCUCCACUCACUGGAUCAGGAACAGUGAAAAUCGUUGUUCAAGACAUCAAUGACAACAGCCCCGAAUUUGAAAGACAGAGUUAUAAAACAACAGUUAAAGAGAAUUUACCUCCUGGAACCAUAAUUCUCUAUCCCAAAGCUACAGACAAAGAUGUAGGAAAUAAUGCCAAAAUAAGAUACAGUCUCCUGGGAGACAAAUCUGAGAGAUUUGUUAUAAAUUCCGCGACUGGCAUAAUUUCAACAAAUGCUACAUUAGAUAGAGAGGAAUGGAGCGUCUACUAUUUGAUCAUUAUGGCACAAGAUUCAUCAACUACCGAUCCAAGAACUGCUACAUCUAAUCUCACAGUAGUCGUAGAGGAUGAAAAUGACAACACACCUACUUUCACGCAGCCUGUAUAUGAAGCCUAUAUUUCUGACCGAACCGUCGUAGGAGAUUUUGUAUUUGGAGCCAGAGCUAAAGACAACGAUAUUGGCCUAAACAAGAAAAUAAUUUACGACUUAAAAGGUGAACAUCAAGAUCUAUUCACUAUUAAUAGAGAAACUGGCGUCAUAAAAGCAAAGGAAAAUUUGAUAAAAUUCAAACAGAAUACAGGUGCUUCAUUUAAUUUAAUCAUCGUUGCAACAGACUCCGGGAUAAAUCCCAGGCAAAGUACGGCAGAACUCAUUUUAAUUCCGAAAUCAGUAAAGAAUUUUCCGAAAUUCACUGUUAGCAACAAGCUCACAUUUACGUUUCCUGAAGAUACCCCUGAAGGCGUUUUAGUAACACGGCUAUCUGCGACAUCUCCAAAGAAAGGUCCAACUGGUUUAUUACAGUACGCAAUCGCAGGAGGAAAUGUGGGUGAUGCUUUAAGAGUUGAAUCUAUGAGUGGCGAAAUUUUCAUAACUGGAAAAGGUCUUGAUUAUGAAACAAUGCCUUUAUAUGAAGUGUGGUUUGAAGUUAGAGAUUCUGAUAACCCACCACUAAAAUCAUUUAUUGAAAUAGAAAUAAAAGUCACGGAUGCAAAUGAUAACGCUCCCGUUAUAGAAAACGCUUUGUACAAUGCUACAGUAUUAGAAGAAGAAUCUCCUCCCCAAUUGGUGAUAAAAAUUGAUGCUCAUGAUGAAGACUCAAAUGAGAAUGGUAGAAUAUCUUACAAGCUUUUAAAUGACUACGAAGAAACGUUUGUAAUUGAUUCGGAAAGUGGAGAAAUAUAUACAAACAUUGCUUUAGAUAGAGAAUCGAUACCUUUCUAUGAAAUAAUGGUAGAAGCUGUCGAUCAUGGGGUACCUCAGUUGGUAGGAACAUCAACGGUAAUUGUUACGGUGCUAGACAAGAAUGACAACCCGCCAAGAUUUACACGACUAUUCAGUGUUAACGUAACCGAAAAUGCUGAAAUUGGUUCUUUCGUAAUUAAAGUUACAAGUUCAGAUUUGGAUACGGGACCAAACGCCAACGCUACUUAUAGUUUUGUUGAAAAUCCUGGUGAAAAGUUUGUGAUAGAUUCUAUAAGUGGUAACGUGACCGUCGCACGAUCAUUAGAUCGAGAAUUGCAAGACGAAUAUGUUUUGAAAGUAGCAGCAAUAGAUGGAGCCUGGAGAUCUGAAACGCCGUUGACAAUUACGAUUCAAGAUCAAAACGACAACGCACCCGAAUUUGAAUACUCUUACUACAGCUUCAAUUUUCCUGAAUUACAAAAGAAAAACAGUUUUGUUGGCCAAGUUAUUGCUACAGAUAGAGAUAAACAAGGCCCAAAUUCCAUUAUUUCCUACUCCUUGCAACAGUCUUCAGAUUUAUUCGCUAUUGAUCCAGCUACAGGUGAAAUUCUGAGUAAAUUCACAAUGAAUUAUAAAAGAACAUCCGUCAAUGCAUCACCAGAGAACACAUAUUCCGUUAUUGUCGUGGCCACUGACAACGGCAAACCUCCUAUGUCAUCUGAAUGUUUGGUCACCAUAAACGUAGUGGAUGCAAAUAAUAAUGCUCCUAAAUUUAAAGAACAUGAAAAGUUCGUUCCGGUACCCAAAGACGCCACACUUGGAAAAAGAAUAAUUCGACUAGUUGCUGAAGAUACAAUGGAUUACGGAAUCAACGCUGAGAUAGAAUAUUACGUUUCUGGUGGAAAUGGAACAGCCUAUUUUUCUAUCGAUAAAACGUAUGGCUGGAUUGUAGUUAACAAGCAGUUUUAUUAUAUAGGACAAUAUUACGCCCUAAAAGUAAAAGCUGUAGAUCGUGGUGUACCGCCGCAAUCUGAUGAAACAUCUUUAACAUUCAUUGUUACUGGGGAAAAUGUCUACAGUCCUAAGUUUACAGCACUAAGUUAUCAAGUAAUAGUGCCAGAAAAUGAACCUGUAGGAUCACCUAUACUGACAGUAAAAGCCAGUGAUGAAGACGUCGGUCCUAAUGGCAUAGUUCGCUAUUCAAUAUCUUCUGGUAAUGUUGGUAAAGAAUUUCAAAUACAUCCUAUCUCGGGCACCAUUAGUAUAUUACGAGCACUUGAUUUUGAUACUAUACAAGAAUAUCGUUUGAACAUCACUGCUAAAGAUCUUGGAUUUAAAGCUAAAGAAACUACUGCUACAUUGACAAUCAUUUUAACUGACAUAAAUGACAAUGCGCCACAAUUUAAUCAGUCUUCAUAUGUGGCGUAUUUACCUGAAAACUCUCCAGUAAAUAGUUUUAUUUAUCAAGUUCAAGCAAUUGACAUUGAUUCCCCAAAGAAUGCAAUCAUCAGGUAUUACAUCAAUAACCAUGAAAUGACUGCUUUAUUUCAUGUCGAUGCUAACACAGGAGAAAUAUAUUCAAGAGAAGUAUUUGAUUAUGAAGAGAAAGCAACUUAUACUUUGGAAAUAUUAGCCGAAAAUCCCGGUUCUUCUAUGAGUAACAAGACAAAAGUUGCUGUGCAUAUAACAGGUGUCAAUGAAUAUUAUCCAAAAUUCGUCCAACCAGUUUUUCAUUUUGAUGUAUCGGAAUCAGCGGAAGUUGGCACAAAUGUUGGUGUUAUUCAAGCAACUGACCAAGAUGGUGGCGACGAUGGAAUUAUUUAUUACCUCUUUGUUGGAUCUAGUAAUGAUAAGGGUUUCAGCAUAAAUUCUCAGACGGGAGUGAUUCGAGUUGCAAGAUAUCUAGACAGAGAAACACAGAAUAGAGUCGUCCUUACAGUGUUAGCUAAGAACUCGGGUGGAAUUCACGGCAAUGAUACUGAUGAAGCUCAAGUUAUAAUAUCUAUUCAAGAUGGAAAUGAUCCUCCUGAAUUUCUGAGACACUAUUAUGAGGCUACAGUUUCUGAAGGAGCAAGAAUUGGCCAUGAAGUAAUUCAAGUCAAAGCAGUAGAUAAAGAUGUUCGCCCGCAGAAUAAUCAAUUCAGCUUCUCUGUUAUUGGAGGAAAUAACAACCAAGAUUUUAAGAUUGAUCCUCAAACAGGAAUAAUUGAAGUUGCUCGUCAUCUUGACAGAGAAACGAUACCUACCUACUCUGUAAUAAUCGGCGCUAUUGAUACCGGUACUCCACCUCAAACUGGAACGGCUACAGUUAAAAUAUCUCUCACCGAUAUAAAUGACAACGGUCCAACGUUUGAUGUUGCAAACUUCAAUGGAGCUGUUUAUGAAAAUGAACCACCCAACACUAGCAUCACUACACUUUCGGCCAAAGAUCCUGACUUACCUCCGAACGGAGCGCCAUUCACUUACGGCAUUAUUGGAGGAAAACAUCAAAAUUCUGUUAAAGUACAAAGACAUACAGGUGUACUGUUAACGACAAAAAAAUUGGACCGCGAAGUAACACCCAAUUUGGAAGUAACUAUUCAAAUUGAAGAUAGUGGAAUACCUGUUAUGAAGUCAAACUACACGUUGUAUAUUAAAGUUUUGGAUCGAAAUGAUAAUCCGCCUACACCUAGAUCUGCUCAUGUUUUAGUUUACGCAUUCAACAAUAUAGUUCCUAGUGGAAAAAUUGCAGACGUAAAGCCGAACGACCCUGAUACGACGGGUGACUACAAAUGCAAGAUUAUAAAGGAGUCUACUUCUGAAAACACUUUGUCGUUACUUACUAUCCAAAAAGGUUGUGAUUUGUAUACAAACGCCGUGAGACCUGGCCAAGGAUACUCGCUUUCAGUGUCUGGUAAUGAUGGAAUACACAGAGAUGUUGUAUCGUCUAUUACUGUGGAAUACUUUACUUUUGAUAAUAGUACCGUUGAACAAUCUAUAACAAUGAGAAUAAUUAAUAUGACAGCUUCCAAGUUUCUUACGCAGUACUAUCGCAGUUUACUAGAAUCAAUGAAAACUGGUCUUGGUAGCAAAGAAAGUAUAUAUUUGUACAGUAUAAACGAAAUAGAAAAUAGUUUGGAUUUAACAGUAGCUAUAAAAGGUAACCAUUCAGUAUGGAAAAGAGAAAAUACAGAAAAGUAUUUAAGAAAUAAGGAACAUGAAUUUGCAAAGUUGCUGAGAACGCAUUUGGUUGUCCCAUAUUACCCAUGUGCUUCUCACCAUUGUCAAAAUGACGGUCUUUGUACGGACUCCAUACGAGUGCUAGACAGCACUAAGAUAACAGACAGUCCGUCUCUAAUCCUGUCUUCGCCACUAGUACGCCACGAUUAUAUAUGUCACUGUCCGGAUGGAUUUAUGGGAAAUAACUGUGAAAAACGGCAAGACCCUUGUUCUCCGAAUCCUUGCAGGUUCGGCGGCCAAUGCCGUAAGCAAGGUCAUGAUUUUACAUGCACGUGUCCGGUAAGGCGAGAAGGUAAAACAUGUGAAUUGGAGAGAGAUGAUGUAUGCAGUAGCAACCCAUGCAAAAAUGGCGGCUCGUGUAAAGAAAGUUCUGACAGAAAUUCUUUCUUCUGUUUAUGUCGUCCUGGAUACCGUGGAAAUCAAUGCGAAGCCCUAGUAGAUUCAUGCAGACCGAAUCCGUGCAUGCAUGGUGGCAUAUGUAUUAGUUUGAAACCUGGAUAUAAAUGCAGUUGCACCAAUGGGCGAUACGGAACACAUUGUGAAAGUUCUACAUUUGGAUUUAACGAAUUAUCUUAUAUGCAAUUUUCACCCUUGGACGCUUCUACAAAUGACAUUACAGUCAUCUUUGCAACUACUAAACCAGAUGCUCUAUUAUUAUACAACUAUGGGACACAAACUGGUGGCAGAUCAGAUUUCAUUGCUAUCGAAAUACUCGAAGGAAAACCAGUAUUUUCUUUCGGUGGAGCCAGAACGUCGAUUACAUCUGUAUCAAUAACACAUCCUAACAAAAAUCUUGCUGAUGGAAAUUGGUACAAACUCACUGCCACCAGAAAUGGCCGAGUCAUAUCUCUGAGUGUUGCCUCUUGUACAGAUCAUGGCGACAUUUGUAUGGAGUGCGAACCUGGCGACAGUUCUUGUUACGCCGAUGACACAGGACAGGCUGGAACACUUAACUUCAACAACGAGCCGUUACUCAUCGGCGGGCUACACAAAGCAGAUCCAGUAUUGGAACGUCCCGGACAAAUCCGUUCUGAUGACUUCGUUGGAUGCAUGCACAGUAUUUCAAUCAAUGGUAGAUUGUUAAAUCUUACAAAUCCCCUUCAUUCACGUGGAGUCGAGCCAAAUUGUGAACGAUCAGAAAAAGGAGCUUGUUAUAAAAAAGAUACGUGCGGAGCUGGUGAAUGCUUAGACAGAUGGAAGACUAGUUACUGUAAAUGUGAAGGUAAUUUAAUUUCCCCCGAUUGCAGUGCUUCUCUUCAAUCAAUCUCAGUAAGUGAAACUGGGUUCAUUAUGUACACCAUAUCCGAAAAACACAGACGAAUGCAAUUGUUGGAAAGUUUCUAUGGAGGAAAUACAGGAUGGAACAAAAAUGUAGCCAGAACAUACACAAAAACAACAAAUAAAUUAGUCAACCCAGCCAAGACGUUAACAUUCUUCUUUAGAACUCAUAGAAAAGAUGGUGUACUGUUUUAUGCAGCCACCGAUAAAUAUUUCACAUUGAUUGAAUUAUUAGGAGGAAAAGUAAGUUACUCCUCAAAACAGAAUACAAUAGUUAACAUGACACAACCAGAACAAGAUGAUGUAUCUGAUGGCAGCUGGCAUAAUAUUACAUUGUUUUCUCUUGGAAGAAGCAUUCGCCUCAUAGUGGAUAGUAAAAACGUUGGAGAGGAACUGGACGCGGCAGGCGUACAUGAUUUUCUGGACCCUUACCUAACUAUUAUAUCGCUGGGAGGAGUAAAAUCUGACUGGCUAUCUGGAUCUAGCAACAAUAAGUUUGAAGGAUGUUUAGCCAAUUUCACAAUAAACAAUGAAAUUCAGCCGUUCAGUGGUAAUGGUAGUAUUUUCAAGGAAAUUGUUCGCAAAGGGAAAAUAUUAUCUGGAUGUCACAGUGCCUUUGGUGUUGGUUUAGCACAAAAUCCCGAUCCACUAAGUAUUGGCAUAACCCUUGUAAUAGUCUUCUUUAUCGUUCUAAUUGUCGCCAUACUGGUAUCCUUUAUCGUGUUCCGUCUUCGCAAGCAAAAGAAAGAAAAGGGCAAUGUAUCUACAAGUAAGAAUAGUAUGGUCCAUACCAAACAAAAUGGUGGUCCAGCUAUGUUGAAUGCUCCAAAUUUAAUAGCAGGUACAAAUGAUAGCAUUAUGAGCAGAAAUUUACACGGAAAUGAGACUAAUCUAAACAGUUACAUGUCUGAUAAUGCUGACAUUAUGCGAAAUGUGGGUCACAUUGUCGGUCCUGAAUUGUUAUCCAAGAAAUACAAAGAUCGUGAAAUCAUGAAUAUUGAUCCACCCCGACCCCAGCGCCCGGACAUAAUAGAACGAGAAGUAGUCGGCAAGAGUCCAGCGUUAAGAGAAGAUCACCAUCCUCACCCACCAUCAUCAACAAAUACAUCUCACCAUACUCACGACCACCCAAGCGGUAUGGAUUUGAAUUCAGAGGUGCCAGAGCACUAUGAUCUCGAGAAUGCUAGUUCUAUAGCUCCAUCAGACAUUGAUAUUGUAUACCACUAUAAAGGUUUCCGGGAAGCGGCUGGAGUAAGAAAGUACAAAGCCACUCCACCGCCUAUAGCUGGAUACCAUCACAAGCAUCAAACUCCCCAGCACAGACAUUCACCUCAUCAUCCGAGUGGUUACCCACCACGAGUACUAGCACAGGCAUCUCAACCUCCUCCUCAGCCAAGACAACAUCAAACCACACCACUCGCACGUCUCUCGCCUAGCAGUGAACUUAGUCAACAGCCACGAAUAUUAACCCUUCAUGAUAUUUCGGGUAAACCUUUACAGAGCGCCUUGCUAGCGACAACAUCCAGUUCUGGCGGGGUCGGCAAAGACGCUUUACAUAGUAAUAGUGAACGCAGUUUAAAUAGUCCUGUGAUGUCUCAGUUAAGUGGACAAAGCUCAUCUGCUGGCAGAAAGACCCCCAGCGCUCCCCCUCAAGUGCCACAAGUAGUCUCUGUUGGUUCUGGUGCUGUAGGAUUAACUUCUGAAGAAAUAGAAAGAAUGAAUGCAAGGCAAAGAACAUCUAGUCUAGUGUCGACAUUAGAUGCAGUGUCGAGCUCCAGUGAAGCGCCACGAGGGGGAGGAGUAGGCCAUCACAUGUCACAUAGACAUCAUUCACCGCCUGUCGACAACAGAAGUUCGACGGGGUCAGACGAUGAGAGUGGAAAUGAUAGUUUUACUUGUUCAGAGAUCGAGUACGAUAAUAAUAGCAUAAAUGCUGACAAACCUGAAGAUGUUAGAAGACAGAACGUCAGCAGCAGUAGUAAUGCUAAAAAGCCUAUAUUGCCACCGCCAUACGAAAGCUUCGACUCCUCUUUUCGAGGUUCUCUGAGCACUCUAGUCGCGUCGGAUGACGACCUGGCUCCGCACGUGGGCUCGGCUCUAUACCGGCAAGCUAAUGGCUCUCCAGCGCCCGCCACACUCGGCUGGGACUAUUUACUUAAUUGGGGACCAAACUUCGAAAGUAUGAUUGGAGUUUUCAAAGAUAUAGCGGAGCUGCCCGACUCCGUAAACGGCAGAAUGUCCUCCUCGUUAAGACUUCCCAACGGCACGCCUAAACCGUCUGAGGAGUAUGUUUGAAAGAACUGAACAAUCCUGUAAAUAAGUAGUCGUAAGUUUUGUAUAAAUUGCGAUCUUGUAUCAAGGUCCGCCUAAUCCUAUCUCUUGCCAUAUCUUGUUGAAUUUAAUAAACUUCUAUACAGAAAUUGUAAUGUUACUUCAAAUAAUUUUCUUAGACCUCAUGUAUAUACAUAAAUAAGUAGAGACUGUAAAUACAAUGGAGUUUCAAAUACCGUGAUAAAUAAUCAUUUUUCUUUCAAAGUACAGUAGUGGCGCAAAUUAUUUGUCUUAAAUUCUAAAAGUAAUUAGACUUAGCAUGUUUAACUGACAUUUUCUGUAACAGCAUAUCAAGAACAAAUGUUUUGAACUCUGAAAUUGUUAAGUGCCUUAGCUAUGUGUAAAUAAAAUGUACAAAAAAAAUCUACGCUUAUUUAUAAGUACUUACCUACUGUAAUUAUUAUUGUGAUCAUUUUGUAUUAGGCAGGUACAUUUAUUCCACUUUGUAACUACAUAUUUCUGAAGUCAUUCUUACGUUCGAAGCUCAUGUUUUGUUAUAAAUUAUACAGAGCCAUAUUAUUUAGUGAACAAAGUGCCAAAUGUGUCUUCUGUUCAAAAGAACUGACUGAUUUAAUUUUACGUGAACAAUAAAUGAAAAUUAAAGUAA